GCCGGGGAGGCGGGCGGUGCGGCGGCUUUUAAAUGGCUUUGAGGAGCCGUACCUCGGAGGUGGGGUUGCGCCGGGAGCUGGAGCGUCUCGGCUCGCCGCGGCCGGAGCAGCGGGCUGCGGAUCCGCCGCGCACUUCCCUCCGAUGUGAGCGCAGUGUCCCCUGUGGGAUGCAGUAGGUGAUGCCCAGCUCUACUGCAAUGGCAAUUGGAGCUCUCUCCAGCUCUCUCCUGGUAACCUGCUGCCUCAUGGUUGCCCUCUGUAGCUCCACCAUCCCCCUGCAGAAGCUGGCCAGGGCACAGGACAAGCAGGAGAUCAAGGCCAGCCAGGAGAAGAGGGACCACGCGUCGGCGAGGGACAGCCAGGCCGGUGCGGGGAAAGUGGGCGAGAUCGGCCGCAGCGGGAGGGAGGAGGGCAGCAGGGACUGGAAGAGCAAAGGCAGCAGGAACUACUCCAACAAGGAGUCGUGGACCAAGCAGAAGCAGGCUUGGAGCAGCCAGGGAACGGGCGGGAAGUCCGCCAGCGUGCCGGUCCAGGAGCAGCGGGACAUGGCAGCCGAGGCGCCUCGUCUAGCCGAGGCCUCGUCGCUGCCGGCGGCAGUGGCCAGCGCUACCCCGGAGCCCCUGGAGGAGUAUGCCUACCCGGACUACCGCGGGAAGGGCUGUGUGGAUGAGAGCGGCUUCGUCUACGCCAUCGGGGAGAAGUUCGCUCCAGGCCCCUCAGCCUGCCCCUGCCUGUGCACGGAGGAGGGCCCGCUGUGCAUGCAGCCCGAGUGCCCCAGGCUCCACCCUCGGUGCGUGCAUGUGGACACCACGCAGUGCUGCCCGCAGUGCAAGGAGAGGAAGAACUACUGCGAGUUUCGGGGGAAGACCUACCAGAGCCUCGAGGAGUUCAUGGUUUCUCCAUGUGAGAAGUGCCGCUGUGAAGCCAAUGGUGAAGUGCUGUGCACUGUGUCAGCGUGUCCCCAGACCGAGUGCGUGGAUCCUGUCUAUGAGCCUGAUCAGUGCUGUCCUAUCUGCAAAAAUGGUCCAAACUGCUUUGCAGAAACCACUGUCAUUCCUGCAGGCCGAGAGGUGAAGACUGACGAAUGCACUAUAUGUCACUGCACUUAUGAAGAAGGCACGUGGAGAAUUGAACGACAAGCUAUGUGCACUAGACAUGAAUGCAAACAAAUAUAGGAAAUCUACCAGUCCAAGAACUCUCAUGGUUUUUAUAAACUAUCUCACAGCAGUGAGCACUGUGGAUGACCCAGGGAAAUCGCAAUGAGAAGAUUCUGGUGAGGAGCAAAUUGACUAUGGAUACUUUGUUUUUCACAGUCACGUAAUUCUGCAAGGCAAAGCAGUGCAUAUAUUUAAAUAAAGUUUGGACAUAAGAAUACUUGUCUUAAUAAAUGUGUUAUUUUCACAGUGAGUACACUAAAAUACACUCUAUAAAAUAUUCUAUGUAUUUCUAUACUAACAUAGAGCUUAAAAAUAAAUGUUUUAUAUAGACAGUACAGAUUAAAGUACUGUAUCAUUGCCUGUCCUGUUGUGUACAUGCACAUAACUAAACAUUACACUUCUAUUCUAGUUUUAUCAUAGUAGAGUUUUCUUUGGGUUCUUGUGUUUGCUACUUUUUUUCUAUUUGCUUACUUUCAGUUUAUUGGCCAGGAAGGAGUCACUAUAUGAUAAAACUUUGACAUCCUUGCUGUUGGAAAAAAAUGUAGUCCAGUAUGCUUUCAGAGAAUGUGCUCACUUAUGCACUUAAGAGUAGUGCUGUAAUAUAAAAGUGAGUCAGCUCCUUUUCUUAGCUGCACUGGUAUAGGUCUGCUGGUCCACAGCUGAGAUCACUUGAAGCACUAAUACAAAACUGGUCUCUCUUAUCUGUUUUUAUAAAACCUUAAUUAGACCAAAUCAGUUCAUAAUACAAAGUUCAGACAUAAGAUAUUACAGCAGGGCAAAUGCCUCUGUGACAUCAACAAUACAGCACUGCUGAGCUGGUGGAAAUAGGGUAAGUCAGUGAGUGGC